AUGGGGCCACAUUCCCUCCCACUUCCUCCCCCGGUCGGCGCUGCCAAUACAUCUCAAGAGUUAGAGAUGAGUGGUACAGCAUCCUGUAAGCAUCCGCGACCCUCACCACGGUCGUCAUCUCAGGCGGGGGACUCAUCUCCGGUGCCGCAAGCGUACAUUACCACCACUCUCCCCGCCCCUCCUCCAAACUCUCCCCGCCCCACCUCCACACUCUCCCCGCCCCACCUCCACACUCUCCCCGCCCCACCUCCAAACUCUCCCCGCCCCUCCUCCACACUCUCCCCGCCCCACCUCCACACUCUCCCCGCCCCACCUCCAAACUCUCCCCGCCACACCUCCAAACUCUCCCCGCCCCUCCUCCAAACUCUCUCCGCCACACCUCCAAAUUCUCCCCGCCCCACCUCCAAACUCUCCCCGCCACACCUCCAAACUCUCCCCGCCACACCUCCAAACUUUCCCCACCACACCUCCAAACUCUCCUCGCCACACCUCCAAACUCUCCCCGCCACACCUCCAAACUCUCCCCACCACACCUCCAAACUGACCAUGUAUCAACAUUACCAACGUUAA